CAAACCGGAUUAAAAUAAAACGUGAGCACAGUCUUUCUGGGAGAAAUAUGAGUUCCCAUAUCAUUACUCCUGGACCUUAUCGAGCCACUAAACUGUGGAAUGAGGUGACUCGAUUGUUUCGGGCUGGUAUGCCCCUCAGAAAACACAGGCAGAACUUCAGACAUCACGCCUCCUGCUUCACCGCUUCUGCCGCUGUGGACUGGCUGCACCAGAUGCUCUGUAGUAACAGCAACUUUGGUCCUGAUGUCACCAGGCAGCAGACUGUGCAGCUCCUGAAGAAGUUUCUGAAGAACCACGUGAUCGAAGAUGUGAAAGGUCGCUGGGGCACUGAGGAUCUGGAGGACAACAAUACACUGUACAGAUUCCCCUCCACUUCUCCGCUGAAGCCCAUUCCCCGUGCAGCUCCAGCUUCGGCCCCCAGCUCCAUAAAGAAACGGCCAUCGUUCAGGGACAAGGAAGUUUUCUUCAAGUUUAGGAGUAUCAAGAAGCAUGACAAGGAGACACAGGAAAAUAUAGAUCCUGCUUUGCAAGCAGGAGAAGAAAACCAGCCAAUCGGAGAGCAGAACGCACAGAGACGAGAACUGACGGCUGAGGAUGAACAGGAGAUCUGGAGAGAUAUUACCCUGACUCACUUGCAGAGGAUUCUAGGUGUUGCCUCCUUCGAUGAAGUUUUAGACCAACGUUACAUAAACCCUCAGAAUAUCAUCCACAAUAUGACUAAAGUCAACAAACAUGGAGUGGUUACAUUGGAUGACAAGACAAAUGACCUUCCACACUGGGUUUUGUCUGCAAUGAAAAGCCUGGCCAACUGGCCCAAGUAUGACAGCGCACAGCCGUCUUAUCCCGGAUUUGAGAGAGAUGUCUUCAAAACGGUGUCUGAUUACUUCUACAGCCUUCCACAACCGUUACUCACCUACGAACUGUAUGAAUUGUUUAUCAACGUUUUGGUGUUUUGCGGGUACGUUGCAGCACCCGCCGCACACCAGCGAGGAAAACGAAAGCAGCGUGACCUCCCCUCCGCCCCUCCUCCAGCCAAAGCAUCUUUUCGCUCCACAGAGUGCCUCCUCUUGUCACUGCUCAGACAGGGUACAUGCGACGAGACGGAGUCCCCUAUGAGAGACGUGCUCGGUGGGAAGAUUCAGUCGCGGCUGGCGGAGUUGAAACAAGCUGACAGUCAGUUAGGAGGCAGCUGUAUUAGCCUGACUACUGUUGUCUCUAUGAGGCCUCGAAUGAGGAGUUGCUCACUGGAAACUAUACCUGACGAUUCAGCCCCUUUUACCCGGCAGCAGCUUUUUCUCUCCAAUGACAGCCUGGCAUCCUGUGCCCGAAGCAACAGCAGCAAGAACGACAGCCCUGCAAUCACUACGCCAAACUUGAGUACAGACUUCAAGUCUGUUCCCAAAGCAACACCAGUUUCUCAUGAAAUUGCCUCAGGGGUUAAAACCAGAAAUAGACUGUCCAUGGCGUCUUUAGGAGGAGUGUCAGUCACACAGAGAUUGCGCCCAUUGCGGCCUCGCAGUGUUGGCAGCUGUCUGGACAUUGUCAUAGAAACAAAAGAGGAAGAAGUCAAAGAAACCAGCAAACUGCAAGACCGAGCAACCAGCUGCCUCAGUGUGAACACUCCUGCAAUCCAGCAUCACUCCACCUUUUUAAACACUCCCUCACUACCUUUCUGUCAUGCCUCCUCUUCCUCCUAUCACCCUAUCUCCUCCCUCUCUUCAUCCACUGCUGCCAAAGCACAAGAGUCUCACGCUGCUACAGUGCCCAGUGGGCCCAGACCCGCUGCAAGCACCUCGAAUCUGAGGACGCUCUCUGCACCCGCUGUUGUCCGGCGCUGCCUCAGCUCUGUGGAUGUGUCGAAGCCGUCUCGACCCGUCUCACUGCUCAAACCGCCUGUCUGUGCGCCCACCAGCAGCUCCCAGCCCUCUCAAACCAAAGCUGAGCAAAGUGUUCUCCAGCCUCACUGUGAGCGCGUAGCCAUCGAGGCUCUGCAGCUCUGCACACUCCUUCUGCCUCCGGCCUCUCGCAGGAAGCUGCAGCUCCUCAUGAGGAUGAUGUCUCGCAUCAGCCAGAAUGUGGACAUGCCCCGCCUACACCCCGCCAUUGGCACACGGACACUGAUGGUCCACACAUUUUCAUGCUGCGUCCUGGGCAGUGCUGAAGAGUGUGAUCUGGAUGAGCUGUUAGCCACCAGACUGGUUUCCUUCCUCAUGGAUCAUCAACAGAGCAUCCUCUCAGUCCCAGAGUACCUGCUCAGUGCCAUCAAUGACCGAAUACAGUACCUGAGAACAGUACAGGUCCCAGUUGACGGUGUUACAAGUGCUGACAGUGGAGAUCCAGUCUGUGCUCCAAUGCCGAUCUACACGUUCUGCCAUCAGAUCAGCGGUGCCGAGUUUGAACAACAAAAGCAGGAAUCUUCUCAGAAAGCCAUGGAGGAGCUUCUGGAGAUCCUGCUGACCGACCAAAACAUGAGCGAGAAGGACAGACGCAAGAAACUGAAGCAGUUUCAGAAGCAGUACCCAGACAUCUACAGCCGUCGGUGUCCCUCAUCAGAGCGUGAAAACAAACCAAAGAUUAAACCUCCUCUCCUCAACAUCAAAAAGACCAAAGCUUUUAGCAUCAGGAACUAAACUGACCGUUCAGGUGAUAUAGAAGCCACAGCCCUUUGACAUCAUUAAUGCUGCACUAUUACUGCACUGGUACUCAGAGAAAAGUCAUUUCUCUCUGCAGCCAUUACCUUUUCUUGUUACAUUUUAAAUACUGUUAUUGCUGUUCAGUCUCAUGUUGGUUCUUAUACUGGCUGGAAGAUUUCUAUAACAGUAUAUUUGUGUUAAUGUUGUGUGUGUGUGUGUGUGUGUGUUAACAGCUGAAUAAGAUGAAGGCACCACCAUGUUAAAAUGCAACAUGUUUCAAUGAAGCAGGGUUUUUAAAAAUAUAAAUUAAGUACCGUAAAAUUCAGAUUAUAGGUCGCACUGGUAUAUAAGCUACAGUCUGUUUUUUUGCCUCUUCCAGGGAAUAAAAGGUUUAAACCCUCUCCCUGUGUUAAGGUUCCAUUAGGCUGUUUUGCUCUUUUUAUAACAUCUGUUUUCGCACUUGUGCCUGCUACAGUAGGAAAGCUGAGCUCUCAUCCUGCUGUGAUUGUUGAUUGUUGUGACCGUAUUCUCUGGUCACUCGCAAACAAGCGCUCCACAAUGUUUUUUUUCUCAUCAGUGUAGCUCUGUUCCCUUUAGAUGCAGGAUUAUGACCUUAUGAGUAAAAAAGACAGUAAAAUGUAGUGUCAACCCUUGCUGGCCUGUAUUUGAAGGCCAGUACAGACUAGAUGCAUGGUGGCUGCAUCUCAGCAAAGUCAUGGCUAGAAAUGGAGACUGAAAGCUGAUUCUGUAUUUUUCAAAACCUGAUAAUCAAUAAUGUUUUAGCUUUUUGAUACUGCUAUUGAGUCUCACAGGUUCAAUGACGUAAUGUUAUUUUAUCUUGUCGGUUGUGCAAGAAAACAUCAGUUCUUACAGGAUGGAGCAUAAGCACAAAGCAGAGUAGCACUGUGCAUCAAAUUGAGAUAUUUAAAGAUAUUUUUUGGCUCUUAAUGCCUUUAUUUAGAGAGAAAGAGAGCUGAUAGUUAGAAGAGAGUGGGGGAGGGAAAGGAGCCACAGGCCACACUUGCGCCUGGGCCAUCCACAUAGAUGGGGCACGAUCUAACCGUUAGGCCUCUCAUUGCACAUCAAAUUAAGCAAAAAAUGUUGCUUCUUCAACUAUGGUGUUGUAGAAAAAAGGCUUCCAACAUUAACUUUAACUGCUACAGGAUAAUAUUCUUCCCCAUCUGCUCCAAAUAGCACUGAAAAGUGUUCCCAAACUAAGUAGCAUUAGUCCCAUUAGUUAAAAAUAUUCAUCCAGUUUCCAAAUCAUUAGCAGUUUUUAAAUAUCAAGAAGAAGAAAAUUUAGUUUUUAAGAAGAAACUUGAAUAAAUAUAGUUGAUAAGAUGAGGAAUAAACAAUGUAAAAUAGAAAGGAUAGGUGGAAUCAAGACCUUUUCAGUUUUUUGUAAAGUUCUAGUCAGUUUAUAUGGCUUCUGUUGAAAGUUUGUUUUUCUCGUCACUAAACAAGACACAAGGAUCAGUAGCAGUAUUGAUAAGAACUCAGAUCAAUGAGAAGAGCCGAUAAACAAUAAUAAUUGAUUAUCUCCAUUCCUAGUCAUUGCUAAAUUUUCAUUUUGGCUUUCAUUUUAAGUGGGGGCUUUCUGACUGCCUGAGGGCUCACCUUUCUUUUUCUUUUCUUUUUCUCUUUUUUUUUUUUUUUUUUUUGAGCCAUGUGCAUCUCUUGGCCAAAAUAGGCAGGAAAAUGAUAACAAAAGUGCUAAAUGUAUCUUGUUUUAGCAGAAAAAAGUGAAGACAAACAGAAUGAUUACACUUCCAGUUUAGCAUUUCUGUGGAGAAAUGCACCUCUUUAUGUGCUUUUAUGAUGAUUGUUUUUUUUUUUUUUACCAGCUCAGUUAUAAAUUGAAUCAAGACACGUUUAGGGAGAUCUUCAAGUAAAACGUGAAGAAAGACGGUGCUGUGACAGCAGGGAGACGGAGCCAACACUCACCCAGUCUGUAGGAGGUGCUGAAGCAGCUACACUCGUAAUGAUGCUGCUUGUCUCAGCAUUUCAGAAUGGUAUAUGACCACAGUCAACUUUUAAUCAGAAACAGUCAUUAAAAGUGCAUCUUAUACAUCGGAUUUACGGUACAUUUAGUGUUGAUUUACAAUCUAAAGUAUUUAUUAAUGCAAAAAGUUUUAAAGUGCAUUUUGGGAGGAAAAAUUCAGAGAUCACUGGUCCAUUUGGGAAUAAUUAGAAUUUAGAUUUAUUUAUAUUUUAUGAAUGAUGGCGUUGGGAGCCGUGAUAGAUGUGUGUUUGCUUCUUUUCAUGUUUGUAGAGACUUUACUAAAUGUUUUAUAUCAGUGUAUCUGAAGUUUUAUUUGAAAUGCUUUCUGAGCCUUUUCUUUGUUUCCCUUUUUCUUCCUUUUUGUGUUGUCUGAGGGUUUGUUUGAACAGUUUUUCCUCAAAAAGGGAUUUUAAGUUUUUAGUUCAGCUUUGUCCUUCCUUUAAUUCUUUUGUAUGCUUUAUUAUUGACUCAUCCCUGCUUAGUGCAUUGGUAAGAUUGAUAUUUUGCACUGGAUUUAGGUAUUGUGAAAGUUAGCAGACCAUUAAAGGUUAAUUUAUGCAUAUUUAAUUCUCCCUAAAAAAGGUUAAACCAAACCCUCGUCUUCUUAAGCUUGAUGUAAAUCAUCAAACUUUCUUUUUUCUAUUUAUCUUAUAUGAAGUAUUAGUUCUGUCUUCAUGUUCGUCUAUACCUCAGCUCAGAUGUUUUUGUGUUUUUGUAACCAUGUGUGCACUCAUCAGUUGUGUUUUAUCAGUUUUACAGUGGAUAUACAGUUGUAGCCUUCAUGUUCAUGUUUACUAUGCAAACCCUGGGAAAUAAACCUCUUCAGCUGUUUUA